GUUACCAACUGCUGCCUGGGCUUCAGUCAGUGGCCCAGCCCAGGUCCAGGAAGGGACUGGGACAGAUAAGGUUUAUGUCCUUUGGGGAAGAGUGAGGAGCUAGAGGACAGGACGUCCUGCUCAGUUUGAAUCUCUCCCCCUUUGUUUUCUGUCAAACUAUUCAGUUUAAGAGCCAAACCAGGAUGUGGCUGAAUUUAGGGAGGGGAGGAGCAGAGGCUGGGAAGCCUGGCUUCAAGCUGACACCCAGUGCCUUUUGCCACUGGGUCUUUGCACACAGUCGGAACAUGCAGAGUAAGAAGUUCAGAUGUGGCUCUGAAAAGUUUCUGAUAUUCUUCAUGAAUAUCAUACGCGUUAUCUACAAGACCACAUUCACCACUAAGCUGAGAAUUCCCCCCGCCCCUUUUUACUGAUGUUUUCAACAGUUCAGCACAAAGAGACAACUUCCCAUGAAAUUUUUUUGACUCACUUCAAGAAAAAUAAGGCGGAGAUAGUGAAUGCAAUAACAAAGCCAUUUCCUUUCUUUGAGAGCCUCAGAGACCACUCCCUCAUCACUGAAGAGCUCUAUAAUGAUUCUCAAGAAGCUUGUAAAGACUUGGUUCCUGUAGGAAGAGUGGUGUAUCAUAUUCUCUGCCACCUUGAGAAGAUGUUUGAUUGGUCACUUCUACAAGCUCUGUUCAGCAGGGUUCAUCUGAAGGAGUAUCCUGAUUUAAUUCAGGUUCAUAGAAGCUUCAAAAAUGUGAUCCAAGACAAACAUUUUUCCUGGGAAAGUGAUAGAGAAGAGACACACGAAAUGUCCAGCACUCAGCCAAGCUGUGAACGAGGGGCAGAGCUAUACACACAUGAAAGUCUAGCGCAAUCUUGUGCUGUGGGUCUGAUGGAUAUGCAGAAGACAAUUUCAUCGUGUCCCCCCGAGAUGAACGAAGGAGGCCAGCAAGCAAGGCCAGCACGUGACCAAGUACCUGAAAUAAUUGGGGUUUUGUUCCUUUGCGCAGUGAUCAGCAGUGAAUCCAAUGGCCAGGAAGUGCCUCCAGAAGCCCAGAAAUCAGCACCAAGAUGUGGACCUGGUGAGGAGUGUGAGGAUGGCCAGCCUCAGCCUGCAGAGCACCUGGCAUCUGAAUUCAGAGCUCCUGUUUCUUGACGUGAUUUACUUUUAAAAAAAAUAAUAGUUUUUUAAAAUUGAUUUCAGAGAGAAGAAGAGAGAAAGUAUCAUCAGUGAGAGAGAAACAUCAAUCGGCUGCCUCCUGCACAUCCCCUACUGGAAAUUGAGCCCAUAAUCCAGGCAUGUGCUCCGACUGGGAAUUGAACCAGCGACCUCCUGGUGCGUGGAUCGACCCUCAACCACCUGAGCCACACCAGCUGAGCUUGAUACAUUUCACUUUGAGUGCACUCCACAGACCAUGGUUCACUUAAUCCUGGGAACCCAUUCUUGGGAAAUGUGGGAGGCAAGGCUCUAUUUAUUGCACAUGGGUUCAUAUGUUGACAUCGGAAUAGAAACAAGAUAGCAUGCCUAUAAUAAAAAAUACGUAUUUGG